CGGCUCCUCCUCUCCAGAGGGCGCAGUGGGCGGCGGUACAGCGGGCGCUGGGGCUCGGCUGGGGGCCCGGGGUGGAGGGAAGAAACGGGUCCUUGGCUUCCCGGGUCCCUUGCGGGAACCCGGAAGGGAGAGCGCAGACGCCGCUGGACGGAGGGGUGUGCGGGGCAAGGACAAGUGCUGGCCCCGCCCACCGACGGGGAGGGCGCCGGCUCACACCCUGCGGACUACAGGCCCCCCAUCCUCGUCCUCCGAGCGCGCUGGGGCUCCGCAGGCUGGGCGGCGCCAUGCCGUUCCCGCCGCCGCCAGCCCCGGCCCCGCGGGUCUCCGCCGCGCGCCCGCCACCCCGCAGGCCCCGGAAGACGGCUGCGCCCACCUGUGCCCCUCCCGCGCCCCUGCCGCCGGCUGCCACCAGGGAGAAGCAGCGGCCCCCCGCGCGGCCCGAGGCGCUGCUGUCCCGCUCCUGGCCCUCGGCCACCCUGAGGAAGCCCCCUGUGGGCCGUGCCCCCGGCCCUGCUCCUCGGCGCGCCCAGGCCCCAGCCGGCUCCAGCCCCAGCCCCGCGGGGACCACGGACACCGCUGCCUUGGGGCCAAGGCGUGAGGCCGCGGCGCGCUUCCCCCUGAACCUACCACCCGAGGUCACCCCGGUCCUUCAUAGACGCCCCCUGGAGCAGCAGUUGCUGGCUCGGCCCCGCCGGCUGCUCCCCGCGCCCUUGGCCAGCGCCACGCUCCCGCUGGGCCCCCAGCCCGGAGCCAAAGGCAGGGGUCCUCGGAGGGGAGGCGGCCCCGGAGGCCUGGAUGCGCGCCUGCCCGGGCUCCCGCUGCCUCCCCGUGGCCGAUGGGCCCCGGAUCCCAGCCCACGGCCCGCCCACCUGCGCGGCGUGCUCAAGGUGUCACUGCUCAACGACCGGCACAAGUACGACGACGUGGAGUACGAGGAGGAGGCCACGGUCAUGGACGAGGACCUGGUCCGCAGGUGCACCGAGUGGCUGCGGGGUGUGGAGGCAGCGGCCGCCGCGCGCAGCCGCACCGGACCCCUGGACCUGCUGCCGCACCUGAGCACGCUGUGAGCGGUGGGCGCUGGCCCGACUCCUCCCAAGCCCACUCCCCGCUUCUGGGCCCCUGUGAUCCAGGUGGGCCUCCCGGGGCUCUCCUGCCCCGGGCACCGGGGAGCGGGCCCUGCCGGGACUGGGCGGGCUCACCCAGGGCCCACACCCCACACCUGGCCGUGCUGCCCCACCCGGGCGACCUCCUGGGAGACACGGCCUCGUCCGACGUCCUCCACACCUGCCCUGGCUCCCGAGAGCCGAGCGGGCCCCUGUGGGGCACAGACGACCUCCCCUGACCCCCGGCCCACCUCCUGCCCAGCCCCUCUCCCUCCCCCACCCACCCCCACAGCCCCACACCCCAGUUCUCUGCCCUCAAGCGGCCUCCCGCACCCUCCUGGCCUAACUCUUCGUGCCCACAGGUGUCCUUGUGGCCCUGGGGGAGAAGGCGGUGGUGAAGGUCCCUCUCCGCCCCCCGCCCCUUUCUGUUGGGUCCCCGAGACCCGUGGGUGCCCCUCUCUGCGAGCCACCCAGCGGGUCACGGCCAGGAGGAGGGCGUGGCCCAGGAGGGUGGCCAUCUACUGUGGGGCUGACGUGGGGCUGUAUUUACAGUGGUUUCUGCUCAGUGGGAAACGUGGGGGGUGGGACAGCGUGGAAGCAGGUGACCUGGUCCCCAUCCCCGUCCACAGGAGGCCCAAGGCCAGGAGCUCGGCCCCCGGUGCGGGGCUGGCGUGUGAGCGGGGCGGCCACCACAGCGCCGCUCGCCCUGGCCUGCUGCUCUGGGCGCGGGGUUCCCGCUGUGGGCCAGGUGCUGGGGGCGAGCCCACACCGACGCUGCCCACGCUCUCGCACGCUCUCACGUGU